AUGGGUCGGAGAGGGAUCAAGCUUUUUGAUGAAGAAAGGAACGGUCUUUUCUCAAUUUCCAAUUUUGGGUCUCAAUGGGAUGCCGGUGUUCACGACCCUGUGGCUAUGUUUGCUAGCGUUAGUCAAAUGGGUAUAGGGUUUGGCGUUCAAGAGCCGAACCCUUCUUCUGGUGAUUCCCAGCAUAAUAGUGGCAUGAACAUUAGGAUCCCCUGCACUGAGAUGUACGUGAGGUAUGUGCAAUCAGAGGGGAAGGUGAAGAUUAUUGGGGUUCCUGGGGAAGAAGAGGCGGUGGCUGGUGUAAAGGGGAAGAAAAAGGGUGUCUUUAAAGGGUUGAAGAUCAAGGUGAAGAACCCUUCCCUUAGGAGGUUACUUAGUGGUGCCUUUGCUGGGGCACUGUCACGCACAGCUGUGGCACCCUUGGAGACUAUUCGGACUCAUUUGAUGGUUGGAAGUAGUGGGAAUUCUACUGGGGAGGUGUUCAGCAAUAUCAUGAAGACUGAUGGGUGGAAAGGCUUGUUUAGGGGUAAUUUUGUUAAUGUGAUCCGCGUUGCACCUAGCAAGGCCAUUGAGCUAUUUGCGUAUGAUACGGUAAACAAGAACCUCUCACCAAAGCCAGGGGAGCAACCUAAACUCCCUAUUCCUCCAUCACUGAUAGCAGGUGCUUGUGCUGGAGUUAGUUCAACUAUAUGCACGUAUCCUCUGGAGUUACUAAAGACUCGGCUAACUAUCCAGAGGGGUGUUUAUGAGGGUCUACUAGAUGCAUUCGUGAAAAUAGUGAGAGAAGAGGGUGCCGGAGAACUUUACAGAGGCCUCACUCCCAGCCUUAUUGGAGUUAUACCAUAUUCUGCCACCAAUUACUUUGCCUAUGACACCUUGAGGAAAGCAUACAGAAAAAUUUUCAAAAAAGGGAAGAUUGGCAACAUUGAAACCCUUUUGAUAGGAUCAGCAGCUGGUGCUAUUUCAAGUAGUGCUACCUUUCCUCUUGAAGUGGCUCGCAAGCAUAUGCAAGUGGGAGCCCUCAGUGGAAGGCAAAUAUACAAGAAUGUGAUUCAUGCCCUUGCAAGCAUUCUUGAGCAAGAAGGGAUCCAAGGAUUGUACAAAGGGUUGGGACCUAGCUGCAUGAAGUUGGUGCCAGCUGCAGGAAUUUCUUUCAUGUGCUAUGAAGCAUGCAAGAGGGUCCUGAUAGAGGACGAUGAUGAGGAGUAG